AUGGGAUCGAUCAUUAGAGACGAAGCAAUCAGCAUCCCCGUCAUCGACAUCAGCGAUGCAAACACCAACGCACCACAACAACUCCUUGACGCCGCCUGCAACUUCGGCUUCGUCUUCGUGGCCAACAACUCCGCUGGCAUUUCGAAAGACUUGAUAGCAAAGCUCUUCGCCAUCUCGGAAGACUUCUUCGCACUACCAACAGAUACCAAACAGAGCGUUUCCAUAUCGUCUAACAAAGCCGACAAGAACCAUGGCUGGCUUAGUCAAGGCGUUGAGAAAUUGAAUCCUGCUAUGCAACAGCGGCCUGAUGUGAAGGAAGCCUUCAACAUGAGCCUCCCAGACAGCAAUGGCGCUUACGAACAACCCUUUCCACCUUUAAUCCAAGACAACAUCCAAGCCAUCAAAACCUUCCAAUUCGCCUGCCAUACUCUCUGCCAACGGCUCCUCGCCCACUUCGCCACAGCCCUGCACAUCGAUCAAGGUUGGUUCACGUCUCGCCACGAUUUUGUCGCAACCGGGAAAUCUCACGGCAGUAUUUUUCGUCUCCUUUAUCAUCCAGCCCUUAACGCUGCUCUGCAUGAUGAUGUCGAUAUUCGGGCUGGGGCGCAUAGUGAUUAUAAUUCCCUGACAUGUCUCUUCCAACUCCCUGGCCAACCCGGCUUGGAGAUUCUGACGCCAAAGGGUGAUUGGGCACCUGUACCGGUUGAUCCUCUGGGCGAUGGGAAUCUGCCGAUUCUAGUCAAUAUCGGAGAUCUGAUGCAGGAUUGGACUGGUGGGCUGUUGAAAUCGACGAAGCAUCGGGUAGUCUUCCCAACUACUGAUACUGACACUAGUGUCGGGGAGAAGGGAGGGGAUAGGUACAGUAUUGCAUACUUUUGUCAUCCCUUAGACGACGCAGUACUGGAGGCCGUGCCGAGUGACGUUGUGCGGGAGCAUGCCGCACAGCAAGGAGGUAGCAUCAAGGAGGGCAAAGUCGUCACGGCGAGAGAUCAUUUAAUGGAGAGGUUGGCUGCGACGUAUAGCGUCCAGGAAGGGAAAUGA